CUCUCUCUCUCUCUCUCUCUUUCCCUUUCUCUCAAGCUCUGAAGCAUUUCCCAGUCGAUCGAUCUGCUGCUGCUAAUACGCAAUUUUGAUCAAUCUUCUUCUGCAGCAACUAGUUUGACUUAUAUAUAUAAUACAAAUAUAUGGCACUAUCAACGGCCAUGAAUAUGAUGUACAAUAUUAAUCAUGCUCCGGCGAUUCAUAGCGCCGGAGUCAACUGUCUUCCUCUUCAAACAAUUCAAGGUCAUCAAAAAACUGCGGUGCCCGUCGAUUGCCCGCAGACGAAGAAAUCGUCGAAGGGAGCAAGUAGGUUGGCAGAAUCACUGUCACACCUUCUCCACCUUCACAUAGACACUCCUCCCAGAAAUCAUAAUAAUGAGCAUGCCCAAAUCAUAAACUGGAACUCAUUGACCGAAGAAAAGCAUUCCACACCCACCAAGUCUCCAAAGGAGAUCAUCUCUCACAAGUGGCAUGAACUCCACGGCUCCAAAGGGUGGGAGAAUCUCCUGGAUCCACUCCACCCUUGUCUCCGCAGAGAAAUCGUCAAGUACGGUGAAUUCGCGCAGGCCACUUACGACGCUUUCGAUUACGAUUCUUUCUCCGAGUACUGCGGCAGCUGCAGAUUCAACAAGUCCAAGCUUUUCGAAAAGCUCGGCCUCUCCAACAACGGUUACCAAGUCACCAAGUACAUCUACGCCAUGUCUCAUAUUGAAAUCCCUAGUUGGCUCGAGAGGUCCCACCUAGUCCAUGAUUCAUGGAGCAAACACUCCAACUGGAUGGGCUUCGUCUGCGUCAGCGACGACCAUGAGACUCGCAGGAUCGGCAGGCGAGACAUCGUGGUUUCUUGGAGAGGGACUGUGUCUCCUUCCGAGUGGUACGAAGACAUGCAGAGGAAGCUGGAGCCAAUCGGAAGCAGUGCCGAAGCCAAAGUCGAACACGGCUUCCAGAGCAUCUACACUUCCAAGAGCCCAUCCACUCGCUAUAACAAAUCAAGUGCUUCCGAACAAGUCAUGAAGGAAGUCACCAGGCUGGUUCAGUUCUACAAAGACAAAGGCGAAGAAGUGAGCCUCACCAUAACCGGUCACAGCUUGGGUGGUGCGCUGGCUCUGCUCAACGCUUACGAAGCCGCCGCUACGCUUCCCGGUCUCCCUAUCAGCGUCAUCUCCUUCGGAGCCCCCAGAGUCGGCAACAUUGCCUUCCGUGAUGAGCUCCACCAGAUGGGGGUUCGAACACUGAGAGUGGCGGUCAAGCAAGACAUUGUCCAUCGAAUGCCCGGCCUGUUUUUCAAUGAGAGUUUGCAGAAGUUUGAUGAUAUCACAGGGACUCUUGAAUGGGUCUAUACGCAUGUUGGUGCUGAGCUCAAACUUGAUGUUCGAUCUUCUCCUUAUUUGAAAGGGUCGUUGAAUUUGACUGGCUUUCAUAGCCUCGAAACCUAUCUUCAUUUGGUAGAUGGGUUUUUGAGUACGAGCACGGGUUUUAGAUCGAAUGCUCGGAGAGAUAUUGCUUUGGUGAACAAAGCGUGUGAUAUGCUGGUGGAUGAGCUUAGGAUUCCACAUUGUUGGUACCAAUUGAGCAACAAAGGCUUGGUUUGUAAUGAACAUGGAAGAUGGGUUAAACCCAAGAGAGACCCUGAGGAUAUUCCUUCACCUACUGCACAUGACCAUCAUAUUCAUCAUUCUCUUCACCUUAUUGACCAAUUGGACGACAAUAAUUCACAACUUCAACCUUCGUAUGUUUUUUAAAUAUUGUUUAAUGUGAACUUUCUGAUCAUUGUACAAAAUUACUUCAAAUGGAAAUUUUCGACAGCUAGCUAGCUAUCUUCCCUUUUUGUUUGGUGAAAAGCUAGCUAGCUAUCUUCGUUAAUGCUUGUAUCCUCCAUUUGAUAUACAAAUACAACAAGAAAUUAUUA